UUUGCACAUAAAUUGUAUGCAUUUCUAUUUUUUUUUCUUUUUUGGUCUCUCAUCAUAUGGCGAGUAGAUGAGCACAAAGAUUAAUUAGUUUUACCUUAAAAAAUCCUCCAAAUGAAAUAUGAAAUCUUUUAUUUAAAGAGUAGCACCCUCCAGCUAGCUAGCCUGGCAGCAAUUAGGCCAUAUUCCAUGGCCUCAGAUAUCAACUUAAAUGUUGGCAUCAAAUUUGAAACCAUAUAUAGAAACAUGGACAACCAGCCAUUACUAGCCAACGUUCACAUACAUUGAAAUACGCGUUGUGGCUAUGGAAACUGUUUUUGGUUACUGCUAGCUACUACUAGAAAAUCUGGCAUGGAAUAUACCAGUGGAAGAUCUCAGUUUGUUGAAGAGAAGAUUGGGUAAGGGAGCGAAAAUGGAGGGAAUAUGCCAGUAUAAUAUUCCUGUUGAUCAGGGAAACAAUCUUGCAUAUAAAUUCUCUAGCCUAUGCAUUCCUUUAACCAUAAACUACUGCUCUCUCUCUCUGUCUCUCUGUGUGUCUCUCUCCAUAAGGUUGAAAGAGCAAAUCCAGAGGAAAAAAGUGUUUGCGAGGGAGAGAUCUAACAAGGCAAGCUAGCCAUGGCCAAGGAACAAUUGCAGGUGCUUAAUGCACUGGACAGUGCAAAAACACAAUGGUAUCAUUUCACCGCAAUUGUGAUUGCUGGAAUGGGCUUCUUCACUGAUGCAUAUGACCUCUUCUGCAUAUCCCUUGUCACCAAAUUGCUUGGCCGCAUAUACUAUCACGUCGAAGGCUCAGCAAAGCCUGGCUCAUUGCCUCCAAAUGUAUCAGCUGCUGUCAAUGGUGUGGCACUUUGUGGCACAUUGGCAGGGCAAGUCUUCUUUGGUUGGCUUGGUGACAAAUUGGGAAGAAAGAAAGUCUAUGGCAUGACUCUUAUGCUUAUGGUCAUCUGCUCCGUUGCUUCCGGGCUCUCCUUUGGGCACACCCCAAAAUCUGUAGUUUCAACGCUUUGCUUCUUCCGUUUCUGGCUUGGGUUUGGCAUUGGUGGUGACUACCCACUCUCGGCCACCAUCAUGUCUGAAUAUGCUAAUAAGAAGACUCGUGGUGCCUUCGUUGCUGCAGUCUUUGCCAUGCAGGGAUUUGGAAUUUUAGCUGGAGGGUUGUUUGCAAUGCUUAUGUCUGCCAUAUUUGAGGCCAAGUUCAAGGCUCCAGCUUAUGAAGUUGAUCCAACUGGUUCAACUGUCCCACAAGCAGACUACCUUUGGAGAAUCAUUUUAAUGGUUGGAGCACUUCCAGCAGCUCUAACCUAUUACUCGCGGUCGAAGAUGCCUGAAACUGCUCGUUACACAGCGCUUGUUGCCAAUAAUGUCAAACAGGCUACUUCAGAUAUGGCAAAAGUUUUGCAGGUUGACAUUGAAGCUGAACCGGUCAAGCCCCAGGAACCUGCUAAAUCGUUUGGUUUGUUCUCUAAGGACUUUAUGCGCCGCCAUGGACUUCACUUGCUUGGAACCACAAGUACAUGGUUCUUGCUUGACAUUGCAUUUUAUAGUCAAAAUCUGUUUCAGAAGGACAUCUUUAGUGCCAUUGGAUGGAUUCCUAGUGCAAAGACUAUGAAUGCCGUUUCAGAGGUUUAUAGAAUAGCAAGGGCACAGACUCUUAUUGCUCUAUGCAGCACUGUGCCCGGUUACUGGUUCACUGUGGCCUUGAUUGAUAAAAUUGGAAGAUUUGCAAUCCAGUUGAUGGGAUUUUUCUUCAUGACAGUGUUCAUGUUUGCCUUGGCCUUUCCUUACAAUUAUUGGACACACAAGGAUCACUUGAUUGGGUUUGUAGUACUCUACUCACUGACUUUCUUCUUUGCAAAUUUUGGACCCAAUGCCACCACAUUCGUGGUUCCGGCUGAGAUUUUCCCGGCUAGACUGCGGUCUACAUGCCACGGCAUAUCUGCAGCAGCGGGAAAGUUAGGGGCAAUGGUGGGUGCAUUUGGCUUUUUGUACUUGGCUCAACCACAGGACAAGACUAAGGCAGAAGCAGGGUUCCCUGCUGGUAUAGGGGUCAAGAAUUCACUCAUUGUGUUGGGUGUGGUCAACUUCUUGGGUUUGUUAUUUACAUUCUUUGUGCCUGAAUCAAAAGGAAAAUCUCUGGAGGAACUUUCAGGUGAGACCAAUGAAGAGCGCAAUUAAGGAAGUAGAAGAUUAAAAGCAGCCGCAGACAAGAAGGGAGUUUCUGUUCUUCUAAAAUACAGAAAUUUUUUAGGAUAUCCUUGUCAAUUUUUUCUAUUAUAGUCUU